AUACUACCGCGCCUCUGUCGGAAGGAUAGAACACAGACAUUCGCCGCACCAGGGAAGAAAACAUGCAGGUCCUGAGUGUAGCCACGAUUCUGCUGUUUGUGGGAGGCAGCUUUGGAGCCACCUCUCUGUCACAGGAUCAGAUCAACACGAUCUUACAGGCCCACAACAACUACAGGUCAGCCGUCAGCCCCACAGCUGCCAACAUGGAGUACAUGGAGUGGGACGAUAGUCUGGCGACCAUAGCUCAGAGCUGGGCGGACGGCUGUGACUUCGCACACAACCCCAGUCCCGAGGCCACUUACUCCGGGUCGUCGGUAGGGGAGAACAUCUACGCCAGCACCGGAAGCUACAAUGCUGGCAAGGAAACCGAGAAGUGGAACAAGGAAGUGUGUGACUACACCUACAGCAGCAACUCGUGUAAGUCUGGCGAGGUCUGCGGACAUUACACACAGGUUGUGUGGGCCUCCAGUAACAAGCUCGGAUGUGGCAUGAAGCUCUGCUCUACUCUGGCUACCGUCAACUGGAACAACGCCAAUCUGGUGGUCUGCAACUACGCUCCAGCGGGUAACUUCAGGGGACAGAAGCCCUACGUCAGUGGCACAUCCUGCACCCAGUGUGCGAACGGCAACAACAACUGUUCUGACAAGCUGUGCGGUAACCCUGGCAAUGCCGGCGGAGGUACGAGUGGUUCGUCCAAUACUACAUUCCCACCGGUCCAGUGUAGUGGAGAUAACGGUGCUGCCCGCCACUGGAGCAUGCUGUCGCUAGGUGGCGUGGUUGUGACGCUUCUCAUACUCAACAUGAUGCAGGGAUGGGACUAACUUGGCAUUUUUACAUGUGGCCAUACUAUACUUCUAAAAGAAUAUAUUCUCAUGCCAUCAUGAUAUACCACACAGCAUGCAGAGACAGCCAAGUAAAUGUUUGAUUAUGUAUACAGCAUUUUAAACCAAUUAUAUCUUUCAUAUAUAUUGCUGAGCAAAGUUGUCAUACAUAUAAUGUGCUUGAUUAUCACACGGCGAUAUAGCAGCAAAUUCGAAGCAUUUCUAAAAAGGAUAAGAUAUGAAGCCUAGCUGCAUGAAUGCAUAAAAUAAAAGAAAGGCUAGAACUCAUGUUAAUCGCCCUGCAGGAGGCUGAAUUACUG